UCAGAGGACACAACCAGUUUGAAUUUCAGAACGUUAUAUUGUUUGCAUGAAACAUCAGAUCAAUAUAUGUUAAAAUUCUGAAACGUACAUUCCUUUCAUAUUUCAUAGCAAAACCAAAUUCCAAGAAUGGCCAAUUACCUCAGACUUUAUAUUCCAGUUUUAAUACUAAUUUCAAUUCAUGGCUAUGGAAUUUGGCUAUUUGAAGCUGCUUCUCAUGAAAUAGAGACACCCGAUCAAAUAUACAGGACUGCUUUUCAUUUUCAACCUGCUAAGUAUUGGAUGAACGAUCCUAAUGGGCCAAUGAUAUACAUGGGAAUUUACCAUUUCUUCUACCAAUACAAUCCUUAUGAUGCACAAUUUGGAAACAUAGUUUGGGGACAUUCUACAUCAACUGAUCUCGUCAACUGGACUCCUCAGCCGCCGGCACUACUCCGAUCAGAGCCUUAUGAUUUUAAAGGCUGUUUUUCAGGUUCUACAACAAUUCUCUCCGGCGGAAAACCGGCAAUUCUCUAUACCGGAGUAGACUUUUCCGAUAUCCAAGUUCAAAAUCUAGCCGUGCCCAAAAAUUUAUUGGACCCUUACCUUAUAGAAUGGGUAAAAUCACCUUAUAAUCCACUAAUAACACCUAAUUCAGUGAACAAAAUUGAUGGUCAAAAUUUCAGAGAUCCAACUACUGCUUGGUUAAAUCCUACAGAUGGUAAUUGGAGAAUGGUAGUUGGAAAGAAAAAAAAUGACACAGGAAUUGGUUUAUUAUACAGAAGCAAGAAUUUUAUUAAUUGGAUUCAAACUGAACAACCUUUACAUUUUUUAAACAAUUCUGGAAUGUGGGAAUGUCCUGAUUUUUUCCCAGUUUCAACAAUUAGUCAAAUUGGUUUAGACACUUCAAUUAUGGGUCCAAAUAUAAAACAUAUAUUUAAAGCAAGUGUAGCAAAUUCUGAUUAUUAUACAAUUGGAAUUUAUAAUCCAAAUAAAGAUAUUUUUAUUCCAGAUAAUGAAUCCUUGGAUAUUGGAUUAGGAUUUAGAUAUGAUUAUGGGAAGUAUUAUGCUUCAAAAACAUUUUUUGAUAGUGCUACUAAUAGGAGAAUUUUAUUUGGAUGGGUAAAUGAAUCAGUAAAUAAUCUUGAUAUAAAUAGUAUUAGAGGUUGGGCUGGUCUUCAAGGAAUUCCUAGAAGAAUUUGGCUUCAAAAAUCUGGAAAUCAAUUGUUGCAAUGGCCAAUUGUUGAAAUUGAAAAGCUUAGAAUGAAUAAUCCAGUUGUUGAAGGUAAUACUGUGCUCAUGGCUGGAUCAGUACGUGAAUUAUCCCGAGUCACAACUACACAGGCAGAUGUAGAAAUUUCUUUUGCAGCGAAAACUUUGGAAAAAGCAGAAAUAUGGGAAGCAAAUUGGACAAAUCCACAAGAAGUUUGUAGCAUAAAAGGUGCAUCAGUAAAAGGUGGGAUAGGACCAUUUGGAUUGCUAGUCUUGGCAUCCGAUGACAUGCAAGAAUAUACUGCAAUUUUCUUCAGAAUUUUCAAAAGAGAAAAUAACAAUUUUAUAGUGCUCAUGUGUAGUGACCAGAGCAGGUCUUCCUUACACUUGCCUUCUAGUGAUUAUGACAAAACUACUUAUGGAGCCUUCUUGAAUGUGGAUCCUGUUCUAGAAAAAUUGUCGCUAAGGACUUUGAUUGAUCACUCAAUAGUGGAGAGCUUUGGUGGAGAGGGAAAAACUCUCAUUACAGCAAGAGUUUAUCCAACUAAUUUAGCAGUGGAUGGUGGAACUCAUUUGUAUGUCUUCAACAAUGGUUCCGAGAAUGUUGAUAUUUUAGGCUUGACUGCUUGGAGCAUGAAAUCAGCGCAGAUCAAUUAAAACAACCAACAUAGAUCUUCUUGAGAUUAUUAUUAUUAUUAUUAUUAUUAUUAUUAUUAUUAUUAUUAUUAUUAUUAUUAUUAUUAUUAUUAUUAUUAUUAUUAUUAUUAUUAUUAUUAAUAAUAAUAAUCCAUCUAUGCACAGGCAUAUGUAGAGAUGGAUUCACAACUUGAUCUUGAUGGUUUAGUUGUAGCAAUGAACUCACGGUACUUUUGAAAUUAUAA